AUGAAUCAGGGCUUAUCCCUCUCGGUAACCAUGGGGAUUAUACUUUCUGUGGAGGUAUGUGCCUACAAAAAUGGAGAAGUGAUCAUUGAUACUGCUGCUGGGGUGCUUGGAAGAUAUGAUCCUCGACCAGUUCAGCCUGAUAGCUUAUUUCCUGUUUUUUCUGUUACAAAGGGUAUCACAGCAGGAAUGUUGCAUUGGCUGGUCGACAAGGGGAUUACCAUAGGCAGUGAACAUGUCUUUUUCAAAGCUAGUUCAACAAUUGCUCAUCCCUAA